CUGUUUUCGUAAUUCAGUAGCAUUCUCGUUUUGGUUGUACAGUGGACGAUUUGAGUUCAAAUAUUUGAAAAAUAUGGGGCGAAUAAGUAGGCACAAGAAAAUUAAAUCAUGCGAUCCAUUUCACAAGGGACCAAAUAAGAUAACUAAUGAAAAAAUAAGCAAAAAGAGUGUGUUGGCUGAAAAGAAAAUGUUAAAAGACGAACAGGGUAUUCCUCGUGGUAUGAGAGAUCUUAUUUCACGUGCUAAAGUGCUGGCAUCCAAGAAAAAGAAGAAGAAAAAGGAGGGAAAACAGGCUCUGACUAUUGAGCAGAAGAAAAAAGCAGUUCUUAAAUCCAAGUUUCAAAGAAAGGUUGGCGAAGGAAAGAGAGAGUUUUUUAAUAGAAUUGAUCAUGAGGCAGCUAUGGCAGUAGCAGAAUCAAUGAAGACAAAUAGAAAAAUGAGUGACAGGAGAAAAAACCAUUUGAAGCAGAGAAGAAAAAAGAUGAAACAGAAAAGGUUACAGAAAAUGUCUGCAGAUGAGCUGGAUUUUUCCAAGUUCAAAGAUGAAACAAAGUUUGGGGAAGUUGUGCAAGAACCACCGUCACUGACAGCCAAACCCAGAAAAGCGAAACAAGAAAAUCAAGGUACAAAAGGUUUGUUGCUUAAUAAGAUGCUCACAAAUACAUCCAAGGAAAGUGAUUCUCCUGCCAUUAAAAGAGAGAUUUCAAAUACCGAGCUUCCAAAAGCAAAACGGAGAAAACACAUGAGUCCUGCAGAAAAAGCAAUGAUGGACAAAGAAAGAGAAAAAGCAAUAUCAGCAUACAGAAUAUCUAAAAUGAAAAAAACAUGAACUAUUCUCAGGCCUUGAACAAAUGCAGAUCUUUUAUGUACCAAGUACAACUGAUAAUAAAGCAAUUCUCUUGGUUGA